AAGAUGAUCAGGAACAAAACAAAUGUAAGUACCAGCGUUUUUUUUGGAAGAAGGUCUCUUUCAAGCUCUUGACUUGUAUAUGACUGGAAUGAUUUUAAGUAGUGACAACACUUCAUACCGAUUUAGAAAAAUAGCUGUAUUUUUUAACCCUUUCACUUUUAAUAGUGGGCGCGGUAAAAAAUUCAGAAGCAUUCCAAUUUUCGUUUUAUAAACUCCUUACAAAAAUUAGUUCUUAUGUAUGGUAACACCAUAGGAUUUCACCCACAGACUCAAAAUUUGAGAGGUUUGAUUUGAGUGGUAACACCAUAGGAUUUUGUCCACAGAUUUUAAAGUUAAAGGGAGAAAUAAUUGUCCUGUCAUAAUUUGGUCAAGGAGUAAAAAUGUUGGUAUUUUUCCUGGUUAUGAUCAAACUCUAUAGAAAAACUUUAAAGUGGGAUCAUUUGAUGGCUUUAACACAACUGUAAAGAGGGAUUAAAUUAAUUGCCUGCCACAAUGUCCAACUGUUCAAAAUAAGUCCAACUGUUAUAAAAUGAAUUUCAGGAAAAUAAUUAUGUCUUUAAAGAUAUUUUAAAGUGAAACUUUAGAAACGUUUGUAUAAGACAGUAUGUGUAUCUCAAUUAAAGGGUGGAGUACAUACCAUCAAAAGAAAAAAGAAACACACUGCUGAUGCACUAAAACUGAUGAAAACUCAAGAUCUUAAUUAUAUCAACUCCAAAAGGUCCAUGGAGGCAAAGGUAACUCACAUAGUUUUUAUCAGUGGUGUACUAAGAAAAGAAGAUCAAGAGGCCUGUGUUGCUUGAUGGACUAAAUAUAAAGAAUCUUUUUCAUUCUCAACUUUCCUUUCCCUUUUUGCCUUUAUGCUCUGCUCCCUACUUCAUACAAUUUUUGUUUUACAGAAGAUGUCAACUCAACUUUUUGGCCUUGUGCUUUGUUCUUCUCCAAAACACAGCAAAGCCUAGCCUGUGCCAGCGACAAAACUAAACCCUGAUAAGUAACGUCUACUGCUACAAAACAGCACUGAAAUCCUUGUUCUGGGUCCCCACCUGUGUACCAGGAUUUGAGUACACACCAUGAUUGGCCUGUUGAAAAAGUCAUUGUUGAUUUGCCAAUCAGGAUGAAAGGAAAUUCAAAACACACUUCAAGAAAUUUGUUGAGUCCAUUUGGGUCCCAGAACAAGGAUCUUGGUGCUGCUUCUCUGAUGUUACUAAUUGGGGUUGGAUUUUGUCUGCGAUACAGGAUAAGCAAAACCCAGAGAAAACUCAGCUUCAGAAUCAGCAUUUUCCCCUUAAAAAAAUUUCAUAUCUGGUUUGUUUUUCCAAAAGUUAUGUGAAUCACUAUCUAAUCAAUAGGAAAGUGUUCUACCUAAGUGAUUUAUUACUUGUUUUUUUUUUAAACCAUUUGUGAUUUCUUUUGUGAAUGACAUAAACCUUUGGGACUGUUAAUUACCGGUAUUUAGACGUGGUGCAAAGGGUAAUGCAGGGUCAAUGAUUUUGCUCUUAUAAAACAUUUAGAAAGGGAUGUGUGAGAGGGGGGUAGGGGGUCAGCUCAAAAUUUAUCCUUCAAAAAGGGGAGAGUCGGGAAAAUUUGUACAUUGGAAUUUGUGCCUUGCUCCAUUUGCACAAGUUCACUCUCUUCAAAGUACUGACAGGUCUCUUAUAAUGUCUUUUUCUUAUUACCAGAAAAUAGAGAAGCUACAAUCCAGCCUUCAUUUGUUAGGAGAAAAGGAUGAUUCUCAGCCUACAAACCAGCAUAUA